AUGUCAAGUUCCAUUGAGGAUGCCCUUUCAUGCCACAUCUGUGCCGAGAUCUUCAAAGAUCCAGUUGAGUUUCCUUGUUCCCAUUCUUUGUGCCAUUCCUGUCUGGAAUACUUAUUAGAAUCGUCAGUUGGAACUGUACUGCAGUGUCCAGAGUGUAAGGAUGUCGUCCAGGAACGAUCUAUACGGAAAAACGAGCUUCUGGCUUCAAUUGUGGACUUCUAUUGGGAGAUGACAGCCAGAGCUGAUAGCGACGCUAAAUUAAUGACCGGUGGUCAGUCUGGGACUAGGAUUAACCAACUGAUACCUCAACAGAAUCUUCGCGGUGCUAGUCAAGGUGAUGCUCCAAAAGACUCUCAGUCCAAUAGUCUUUCCUGUGAUAAUCCAAACCCUGAUCAAAUCGAUAACAACAAUUCCCCAGAUGCCAAAUCUGCAAUCUCAAAAGAGCAGCUGCAUGGCUUCAAGGACAUGGCUGAAAAUGGUAGUAACCGAUACUGA